AUGCCGAAACGAAAAGCGACAGCCAGGCUUUCUGGUCAGACCGGCUCGCAUGGUGCGGAUGCCAUACAGGUCAAUGGCAAUGAUGCAGGACAGCGCGAAAACGAGCGCCCAGCUAAGAGAGCGAGAGGAAGGCCGCGAUCCAAGUCCGUUGAAAGCAAGCCGCCAGCCGAAACGAAGCGUAAUUCGACAGUGGCCCAAGCGCAAGCCCCUGAUAGUGCUCCGAAGAAAGCAUCCAAACGGGGACGACCAAAGGGUAGCCGAAACUUGGCGCAAGGCGCAACUCAAGAAGGUCCGGAGAGGAAAGGUGGCAAUGAGGAAAUCAAGGAUGAAGUCGGAGUCCAAGAACCCGAGAGUUUGGCAGCGUCCGACGACGAGCUGGACGAUGCUCCAGUUGCUACCAAGACAAAUCAAACGGCAAAAUCGGCCAAACCUGCAGCUACACGGGGACGCAAGAAAGUCAGUGCUGGGAAGCAGGUACAGACCGAUGGUGAAUUUGAGUAUACACCGAGGGCUACGAGACAAGUACAGCCGCCGGCUAAGCCCCAGGAGCAGUUAGAGCAGCCGAAGAGACAAUCGCGACGCAUUCAUUGGACAGAACCCAGCAGUGUCGCGGCAGAAAAUGAGCAGGAGGAAAUGGAGGUUGUUGAAGAGUCUAUUCUCCAUGAAGAGGCCGUGGUCCCUCGAUCAGCAUCAGCAUCACCUAUGAAAGGCAGGCGGACGUCACAGCCCGCACCAGGAAGCUCUCCUCUCAAAAAGAAGCUCGGAGUUUCUACGGAUGAUGAUAAAAUUGGUGAACCGGAGUUGAGGCGUAGACUUGGUGAUUUGACUAAGAAAUAUGACACGCUGGAGAAUCGCUACCGUAACCUCAGAGAGAUAGGGAUUGUCGAGGCGAAUGCCAAUAUGGAUAAGCUUCGACAACAUUGCGAAGCAGUGACAACAGCUUCGAAUAAUUUGGUUGCUUCUCUCAAGGCAGAGCUGGAAGCGCAGAAGAAGCUUGGCCAACAAAGCCGAGCGCUCCAGAAACAAUUGAAGGAGCGGGAUGCGGAAGUCGCUGAAUUGAAAUCCCAAGUGUCAGAGGCGAAGAACCAACUGACUUCGGCUCAGUCGGAAGUCAAAGCCUUACAGACCAAGCUGGCAGCUGCCCGUAAUACUACUGCGAGUCUCGAAAACGCUGCCGCGAAAGUUCCUGGAAGCGCAAUCAAGAACAACAGGGCGAACCGCGCAGCUGAUGCUGAGGCAGCCCAAGCAGCUCAUCUCGCGCAGUUGAAGGAGGAGCUGUACAGUGACCUCACUGGUCUUGUCAUUCUUGAUGUGAAGAAGAGGGAAUCAGAUCACCUGUAUGACUGCCUUCAGACUGGCGUCAACGGAACUCUUCACUUCAAAUUGGCUGUCCCAACAAUAACGUCUACCAACUUCGAAACGGCGGAAUUCCAGUAUGUCCCAUUGUUGGAUGAAAGUCGCGAUCGUGAACUGGUCGAGAUUCUUCCCGAGUAUCUUACAGUCGAUAUCACCUUUGUCCGCCAGCAAGCGUCAAAAUUCUACGCACGGGUCAUCGAUGCGCUUACAAAGCGACGCAGUUCGACCAACUAA